GGACCUGUGGUGAUGGCGGUGGCUGUGGCCGUGGCCGCGGCUCUCGCUGUCGCUGUCGCUGCGCUCUCUCUGGCGGCCGCCGCUCCCCCCAACAUAGUGCUGCUGUUCGCUGAUGACUUGGGUUACGGGGACCUGAGCUGCUUCGGCCAUCCGACCUCCAGCACCGCCCACCUGGACUCCCUGUCCGCCACCGGCCUCAGGCUCACCGGCCUCUACACCGCGGCCAGUGUCUGCAGCCCCUCCCGGGCAGCGUUGCUGACCGGCCGUUAUCCCAGCCGUUCUGGCGUUUACCCCGGGGUUUUUUACCCGGACUCGCGAGGGGGGCUGCCGCUGAACGAGACCACCAUCGCGGAGCUGCUGCGGACACGAGGCUACGCCACGGCCAUGGUGGGCAAGUGGCACCUGGGCUACGGGCUGAACGGCAGCUUCCUGCCCCUGAACCAGGGUUUCCAGCAGUGGCUCGGGGUCCCUUACUCCCAUGACCAGGGUCCCUGUCAGAACCUGACCUGCUUCCCCCCCGACACCCGCUGCUUUGGGCUGUGUGACCAGGGAGUGGUGCCGCUGCCAGUCUUCCAGGACUGGGACAUCGUGGAGCAGCCGGUGACAUUCCCCACCCUCACCGCCCGCUACAAUCGCUUCUCCACUGACUUCAUCCACCGCUCGGCCUCUGCACGACAACCCUUCUUCCUCUACUACGCCUCACACCACACUCACUACCCGCAGUUCGCCAGUGCCCACUUCACGGGGAAGUCUGGACGCGGGGCCUUUGGUGACGCUCUGAUGGAGUUUGAUGGUUCGGUCGGGCUGAUCGUGAAAUCGCUGCGAGACGCUGGGGUGGAGAAUAACACCUUCAUCUUCUUCACCAGCGAUAACGGGCCGGAACUGAUGCGGAUGUCUCGGGGCGGGACUGCUGGAUUGCUGAAGUGUGGGAAAGCCACGACGUACGAAGGAGGAAUGAGGGAGCCAGGAAUCGCCUAUUGGCCUGGGAAAAUCCCCCCAGGUGUAAGCCACGAGCUGAUGAGUACCCUGGACCUGCUGCCCACCAUCGCCAAGAUCACGGGGGCUGAGCUGCCCCGGGUCCCACUGGACGGAUACGACAUGAGCAACAUGCUCUUCAACAGUGGCCAGGGACGACGCCGCAGUGUAAUUUAUUACCCGAUCUCCGCCAAACGUGGGUUGUUUGCCAUUCGCCUUGGGCACUACAAGGCCCAUUACUACACACAAGGUUCCAUCAAGAGUGGGACGACCCCGGACCAUGACUGUCACUUCACGGCUCCACUAAUCAAACACGAUCCUCCCCUGGUGUUUGACCUGGAGACAGAUCCCUCUGAGAAUUACCCCCUGACCAGCGCGGGUUUCCCCGGCCUCGCUGAUCUGCUCCGGGACUUCGCUGCGGAGAAGGCCAGCUUCGAGGCAGGGAUGCAGUUUGGGGAGAGCCAGAUUGAGUUGGGCGGGGACCCCAAACUCCAGCCCUGUGCUGUCCCCGGCUGCACCCCUCACCCGAGCUGCUGUGUGAAACGUUAGCCUGUGAAGGGGGGCCUCGUCACACACACUAAUCAAUAACUGUAAUUAACACUGCGGGAGAGAGAGCUUGUGGUGGGGGGUCAUCCCAAUGCUUAAGACAACACAAACCAAACUGAGAAUCCAGGCAUCCCACCUGCACAUGGAAUCCCAGAGAUGGAUUGUUGCAAUGGAAUGCGCACACUCUCGCGUAGAAACAUAGGAACAGGAGGAGGCCAUUCAGCCCUUUGAGUCUGUUCCGCCUUUCUAUAAGAUCAUGGCUGAUCUGUAUCUCAAGUCCAAUUACCCACCUUGGAGGGAGGGGGGUGGGGGUCACUGAGGGAGUCUGGCUCCUGGGUGUUGGUUGAUGAUGAUGCGGGUUUGACCCUGAUGGUGAUCGGGGACUGGGGUUGAGUGAGGAGGGGAGGUUGAGGGCUGGGAGUGGUCCAUGGUCUGAUCGGAGGGUUUAAGCAGCUGUGUGACCCACACCGUCUGUCUGGGAGCAGAGACCAGCGGCCAACUCAACCAGGUCCAAACCCCAUUAGGUUUGUUCUGUCUGCCUUCCUGCCUGUCUAUCUGUCUGCCUAUCUGUCUGUCUAUCUGU